AUGCCAGUGACAACUCAACCGGGUGACUUUAUUCCCACUGAGCUCCAGAAAAUCAUGUGCUGCUACAGCUGGAUAUUUUGUUGCCGAAAACCCCCACCAAAGGAAGAUUCACCACCCAUUCAUAAAGUCGACGAAACGGUAAUUGUACGCAGACAUGUGCAAGCAUUUCAAUCCGCCGUCCCCGCAAUGCUCUCACGCGACCUGGAUGCUGAUUUCGACGAUGGGAACAGCGAUGUUUCAGAAGACACUGAGAUUUCAGAUUUCAUCCGAGGCUAUUCAUUGAAGGAGGAGGAGAAGUCAUGA